GACGUGAACUCGCGAGCGGCCAACACGUAAGCGGCGCGUUGUGCAGCUGUUUAAAAAAAGACAGCCAAACAGAAAAAAAAUAGCGGCAACAACAAAAACCCAACUCGAUAAUAGGCAGCGGCGCAACUGAAGUGUGAAUUCAUAUAUUGAGGUUAUGUAACGCAAAAUAGAAAAUACGCGAAAACAAAACGCAGUUGCAUUAAGUCAGGUCACACGCUCACCUCAAGAAAAUAACGAUAAUUUCAAGCACGCGCCUUCGGUUAAGCAAAUUCCGCAUUCGCAAUGGAGGAGGCUAAAGCUCAAGCGCAGGCGCAAAGUCAUCCUUUGGAGGAUGUUUCCCUCAAUGGAAACGACGACGAGAAGCAGACGCCCAAAAAUUGGGUUAAAUUCGACGAUGAGGCAGAUAGCGGUGAAAAAAACAAUAACAGUAACGACAGCAGUGCCACACAGCAACCACAACAACAACAACAACAAGAACAGCAGCAGCAACAACAAAACAAGUUAACUCUGCCGCCACCGCCGUCGGUGGUUAGCAGCAACAACAGGCGGGCGCGCUCGCGCAGUCCGUCGACAAUAACAACAACAACACCUGUCCAGCGACCGGCCGUUUCCUCGACCACAGCUGCAACAGCGGGCGAGGUACAGGCCCCUCUGCCGGAUGUGGCACCCGCUGUCUUGACAACCGAGAGCACGCACGUUAAUCUCAGUGCAUCCGGCAGUGGCAUUGUCAGCGGCUCAAGUGCGAAUGCGAGUGCCAGUGCAACUGGAUCAGGAUCUGGACCGGCACGCCACCCCGCGCAGCUAAUAAACCAAAAAGCCUCCGCUGCCCCCGCUCCAUCCCCUGCUCCAGCUGCAUCUUCGAGCCAUCAUCACAAUGGAGGCGGUGCAAAUGGUACUGGAAUUAGCCAGCCGGCGGACCAGGGAUCCGGGAUGCGCACAAUUGAACUUUCAACGGGACGCAUCCGCGAAGGAUUCGCAAAUGGCGAUGUGAUUGUCACACUUUUGCCGGCCAACACGAAGUGGCCGUGGAUAACGCCUGCCAUAUUCCGACCUGAGCUGGUGCCCGAGGAGCUGAUGGCUCAGGGCCUGACGCUCACCGUGGAGGACUACGUGAAUGCGAUGGAGACACUGGUUAAUGAUUACCGCUUCACGGUGUACAACAUUUGCUACAAGCGCAUCCUGGUCUGCUGGAUCCUUUUCGCCUUUGCAGUCCUGCUGGCUCUGCUCUUUUCUGGGCUUCAGGGCGUGGCACUUUUUGCUCUGGGCGUAGGAUGGCUCUUCCUGAACGCUGCAGCUAUUUUCCUGUGCAUGUGGGUGAAGUUGCGCCUGUCGAGAGGCCUUGAAAAAUGUCUGGCGCGAGUGAACCGCCAGCUGAUGCGCCACAAGAUCCUUUUGGUGCUCGACGACCGAGGACGCAUUUCCUGCCACAAGGUGAACCUUUGUUUUAUGUACUUCGAUGCCACGCAAUGUGUGAGCUUUUUGAACGAGUUCCUGGAGCACACGGAGCAGACUGGCGGCGAAGCCAUCAAGGCGGGCUGGGAGGCAAAGUUGGACAUUGACCUCAACGAUAUUGUCAUUCAGGGCAGCCAACCGGUGCGAAUGCCCCGCAAGCAGGAGCGCGGCAUGCAGCUGUUCCUGCGCUACGGAUCCCGCUGGGGCAUGGAGGCCCUCCGGGGAUUGGUGGAUGUGACCCCUUUGGAGCCGGGACGCCACUGCGGACAGUUCCAGUGCCCCUGCCAGUACAUCAAAGAGCACCUGCAGUGCAAACCGCGAGGUGCGAGGCGAUUGUAUCUGUGCUAAACAGCAGAUCCUCAUAUUCCCUCGAGUGCGGAAAAGACUUUUUUUUCGGAGGGGGUAAGUAUAUGCAGUUUUGGCGCGAUUUGAAAACGAAACUCAUUCCACCAACAGUGCUCUCACGAACCGAACAAAAUUAAAAACAAAACCCGAUUUCACGCUCCAAUAAAACAAAUUUAAACUCUUGCGGCAGAGGCGGCGUGUGGCCAGAAUGCGCCAUUAAGUUUCCCCCCAAAAGCCCAAAUCCAAACGCAGGCCAAAACCGAAAACCAAACCCAUUUGCCGUGAAACUCUCGAGGAACUCGUUAGCCCAACUGCACUCCAAUCGACAGCGAGUCAAACGAGGUGCAGCCCGUGGCCAAAGGCAUUCUGGCACCAGGGGCGCGUAAACUAAUCGCAAACAAACAAACAAACAUUCGCACUCCAGCCAACUUCAACCCACACACAAUCAUUACGCUCAUUCAAAAAAAAAGCAAAAAAAAAAAUACACACAAAAAAACAACAAAAAGCAGAUCCGGGGCUCAUCAAAGUUUCGCUGGCUCGACUGCUAGUGCUGCUGCUGCAUUUUUCGGAAAUUCAAUUCAUUUGUGUAAUUUUCAUUUGAAUUACAGCCAUCAAAAGUGCCAUGGUUAGAGAAGGGGGCGGCCAUUCUGGUGGGCGUGGCAAGCGCUGAUGGCCCGCACUUUGUGAGGUUUUUACGAGGGAAUGCGAAGCUGGUUUCUCUCACUGAAGCCAAUUUAAAAUAAGUUUUCGUUGAAUUGUUUUAAGCUUCCUUGUUGGAUUUGUUUGCUUUGUUCUAUUUUAUUAAAAGUUAUUGUGUUUAAAAGUGUGCGAUUUGUAUUUGAUUUAAUAUUUUUAAAACCGCGUUGAAAAUUCUAAUAUAAUCAUUGUAAAAUUGUCAUACGUUUAAAAAUAUGGUCUCAUUUAAAUGGAUUAUUAAAGGACUUUAACUAC